UGACAUGUAGUCAUAUUGACAUGUUGUCUCCUCUCUAUCAGGUGCGUGUGGACAGUGGCAUCCAAGAAGGAAGUGACAUCAGUAUCUACUAUGACCCAAUGAUCUCCAAGCUGGUGACCUAUGGCGACACGCGCGCUGAAGCCCUGCAGAGGAUGGAGGCGGCUCUGGAUAACUACGUCAUCAGAGGUGUGACCCACAACAUCCCCCUGCUCAGAGAGAUCAUCACCCACCCUCGCUUCAUCUCUGGUGACAUCACCACUAACUUCCUGCCAGAGGAAUACCCAGAGGGGUUCAAAGGUCACCAGCUGACCUCCGAGGGUCGCAGGGAGCUCGUCGCCACCGCAGCCGCUCUCUACGUCUCCGCACAGCUCCGCUCCCAGAGGUUCCUGGGUAAUCUUAGGGUGUCCACAACCCCCAGGAGCAGAGGAAGCCACACGGUCGCUGUGUCACGCUCUGGAUCCACGUUCACUGUGGAGGUGGAUGGAGUUAAGGUGGAGGUUAGUGGAGAGUGGAACCUGGCCUCAGCCCUGCUGCCUGUCACCAUCAACAGAACCCCCAGGGUUCUACAGUGUCUGUCUAGAGACGCAGGAGGAGACAUCACUCUACAGUACCUGGGCACACAGUUUAAGGUGCGGGUUGUCAGUCAGCUGGUAUCCACGCUGAGCGCUCACAUGCCUGAGAAGGUUCCAGAAGACACCAGCAGCAUCCUGCGUUCUCCCAUGCCUGGCUCCGUGGUCGCCGUGUCUGUCAAACCUGGAGACGUGGUGGCUGAAGGCCAGGAGAUCUGUGUGAUCGAGGCCAUGAAGAUGCAGAACAGCUUGAUUGCUGCUAAAGCUGCCAAGGUGAAGAGUGUCCACUGUAAAGCAGGAGAGACGGUUGGAGAGGGAGACCUUCUGGUCCAACUGGAGUAGGAUCUAACCUACGACCUCUAACCUCUGCCCUCCCACCUCUGACUUCGCUCGACCAGGGAUUGGCUUCGAAGUCCGGUUGAAGGAAUUCUGGGACGAAGGAAUGAACAGGAUACUAGUAGACUAGAUGGACCGUUCCCCAGUCUGUCCUUGUUGUUUUGUUCUUCUGAUGUUUUGGUCUUCCUGUGGUACUAGUAGGCUACACUCUCCAGUAUUGGCUUCUGGGAUUCACUUGUUCUAGGAAUUUGACUGAAAAAACUGAAAAACAAGAUGGACGCUGUGCACCUGUUUUAGUGCCUUCAGCCUCUGAAAAGAGGAUUGUCCUUUUUAAAUAUGAUGAAUACUGUAUAUAUCACUUAGCUACAUGUCACUAAUCAUGUGUAAUGUACUUCCUCACUAGCCUGGUCUCAGAUCUGUUUGUGCCAUUUUGCCAGGACGUCCGGGACCAGGCUAGCACCUCUCAUUUCAAUGUAAUGAGACACUUGUAUCAGUUUAGAAACCUGGUUAUAGUAAAAACGCUACUCUCUUAGGUGGAGUUACGUUUGCCUUUUUAAAGGAUAUGUCUCAAUCCCAA